AGCAUUAUAAGCUUGUAAUAUAUUUUUUAUUAUUAUUAUCAUUAUAUCUGGAUUUUUACUUUUGCAUUUUUUUUUUUUUUUUUUAAUCUCAUGGCACAGACGGAUUUUUAAAAGUAACUCCGUGGUCCACCUCUGACUUGCAGCUGCUGGUCACACAUUGUUUUUUAAAAAGUAUUAUUUCAGGAUUGUCAUAUUAUUUUAUUUUUAUUUUUAAAUAGUAAGCGUGCCGUACUGGUUCUCCAGAACGACCCGAAUUAUGGGGGCCAGCGUCGCUCCUUCACCACAGAAGACGAGGCCUGGAAAUCAUUUCUGGAGAACCCACUGACUGCUGCCACCAAGGCCAUGAUGAGCAUAAAUGGAGACGAGGACAGUGCCGCGGCCCUCGGCCUCCUCUACGACUACUAUAAGGUGCCCAGGGAAAAGAGAACAAUACACCAGCCCAAGACAGAUGCACUGGUCUCUGAUGUGGAUCCCAACAAAAGACACCAGAUCCAGGCUGGACACUCCAUAGUUCCUCACCAGGAAGCCGGCAUGGAGAACAGGAUCCAGGUCCUCAAGGCGCCCUUCAACAUUCUCCAGCUGGCUCAGGACAAGAGGGCCCAUUUCAGCUCACCAGACACUACUGUCACAGUUUCCAUUGCUGCCGUGCCAAACUACCCGACCAUCAAGACGGAGGUGCCCACCCAUGGCUUCUCCGUGACUGUGCCAAACAACUGCGCUGAAAGCGACGGCCACGUGGGCGUCUUCGACCGGCAGCUCGCCCACAACACGGUCCAGUUCAGCCCGAACACGCAGUCCCGCACGCCCCCCGACUCCACCUUCUCCGAGAGUUUCAAGGAUGGUUCCCAGGAGGUGUUUGCCUUCCCCGGAGAUCUCCAGUUACGUAUGGCCUCCAUGACGCCCGACGAGUACCCUCAGUUUGACACCGUGCCGGGGAAUAACUUUGAGUACACUCUUGAGGCAUCCAAGUCUCUGCGCCAGAAGACGGGUGACGGGACCAUGACGUACCUCAACAAGGGCCAGUUCUACCCGAUCACCCUCAGGGAGGUUGACAACAAAGGGAUGCAGCAACCCAUCACCAAAGUCAGGAGCGUGGUGAUGGUGGUGUUCGGGGAGGAGAAGUGCAGGGACGAUCAGCUGAAACACUGGAAGUACUGGCACUCCAGACAGCACACUGCCAAACAGAGGUGCCUUGACAUCGCUGACUACAAGGAGAGCUUCAACACCAUCGGCAACAUCGAGGAGAUUUCCUAUAACGCCAUUUCCUUUACCUGGGACACCAACGAGGAGGCCAAGAUCUUCAUCUCCGUCAACUGUCUGAGCACGGACUUCUCGUCUCAGAAGGGGGUGAAGGGCCUUCCCCUGAACCUGCAGAUCGACACGUACAGCUACAACAACCGCAGCAACAAGCCCAUCCACCGCGCCUACUGCCAGAUCAAAGUCUUCUGUGACAAGGGUGCGGAGAGGAAGAUCCGAGAUGAGGAGAGGAAGCAGUCCCGCCGGAAAGGGAAGGUCCCCGAGCACAACAGUGCCAUGGCCUAUGGGGAUGUGAAAGUACCUAUCCUCCAGAAACGCAACGAUGUGACCAUAUUCAAGAUGAUGACCGACCUUGAGACCCAGCCCGUCCUCUUCAUCCCUGACAUUCACUUCUCCACCUUCCAGCGCCACCCGUUCUCCACAGAAGAUGGAGAAGACAGCUCAGGCAUGAAGAGAUUACCCUUCAGUGAUGAUGAAUUCGUUACUCCCCCGAACAAGAUGGCAAGACUGGAGGAGCCGAAGAAAGUCCUGCUGUACGUGCGCAAGGAAACAGAGGAGGUGUUCGACGCCCUCAUGCUGAAGAAUCCCACGCUGAAAGGCCUGGUGGAAGCUAUUGCAGAGAAGUACGAGCUGCCUUUGGACAAGGUUGGGAAGGUCUACAAGAAGUGCAAGAAAGGUAUUCUAGUCCACAUGGAUGACAACAUCAUUAAACACUACUCCAACGAGGACACCUUCCAGAUCACCAUGGAGGAGCAGGGCGGCAUGUACAAACUCACCCUCACUGAAAUCUGAAUGGAGGAAGGAGAGGGAUGAUCCUGAACAGGGGAGGACAACUGGAGUCUUCAGGUUUACACUUCCAGCUACGCAGUGAUCGUGGACUCGAUCCGAACCUUAAAUCACGCCGUCUCUGUGCUGUACUCGAACAGAUUUGUUUUUUAUUUUCCAGUCCUAAAAGCGGUAUUUCCUGCAAAAGCUCUUAAUAGACAACAACGUUGGCUAGAGAUUUAAGUUAUACAUUUUUGUUUUGGUUUUUUUUGGAUUCGUUCUAAUGUUGCGCACAACAACGAGUGAGGAUCGAGACACUGCUAAGACACUGUUCUCUGAUAUUCGUGCCUACUUUUGUAAAUUUUUGUCCAGCUUUGCAGAGCAACCGUAGCGCUGCUAUACCUCAUGCUACGCAAGCGGCAGCCUUUAUUCAUUCAGUCAUGUGUUUGAAUUUCCCCCCCGUCUUUGCCAUAGCACUGAUGAUUGCAAUCUGUAUAAGUCGGCCGCACAAAGCGAUGAAAGCGAAGCCCCAGCGGCUCAGUGUAUUAAUACUAAAGGAAACAUGGCAGUAUUUAGUGUGUAAAACCAACACAUAAUUAGAGUAGAAUACUGUAAAUGUUUGUAUUUUUUUUGAAAGCAUAGGAUCUCUUCUUUUUUUUUUGUGAAUGACGUGUGGCUUUAGCAAUGUUUUUCCUCGGAUCAAUUUUAAUGAUGGCCUCUUUGUAAGUAUUACAUAGUUGCUAAAUAUAUUGAUAAUGUUGCUAAAAAAAAAAACAACAACAAAAAAAAGACAGCUACCCUUCCCCUGUAGAGUAGUUUUCUGAAUGUCGAGUGAAAUAGGUCAGUGCUAUCCUGGAAGUGCAAUACGAUGUUUAAGUUCAGACACAUUCAGAAAAAUGGUUCCCAAUUCAUUUGCCAUAAAUACAGUAUAGAACACACAUUAACAGAUUUUCUAAAUGGAAAUGUUGUAUAUAUAUCAACUGAAAAAAAAGGAUCAAUGUGAUGAUCCCUCUUUUCUAUCUCAGUACUUAUUGUGUAUAUAUUUAUUAAGAGGAUGUGGGCUUUUUUUAACCAUAUAUAGCCAAAUAUCUAUUAAUCCUAUUAAUAUAAUGUUUUUCCUUUUAUAUGAAGUUAUGCUAACAUUACAUGUCAAGGGACAGAAAGUUAACCCAUUUUUCAUUUUUUUUUUUUUUGUUGUUUUGUAAAGGAUUUGAUGCACAAAGUGCCCAAUAAAAGCUCUCUAUAGCUGA